GUUUUGGGUGAAGACCCCCAGCCAACCAGAAAAGGUCUCAUUUGGGAAGCCGCGGAGCUGCUGCGGCACCGACGCAGCUGUUGAGCGGAGCAGGGAGAGGAGAGGUGGGGAGGGGGCGAUGGGACUGGCGGCAUCCAACCCCCUUCCCCGCGUCCCUGAACCCAGCCCCUUCUGGAUCGCGCCGCCUCCACCCGGGGGGCCGGCCCGGGGCGGAGCCUGCUCCCGGGGCUCUCCGCGGUGCGCGCAAAGAGCCGCGGAAGCUCCGCGCCAUGCGUGACUACGAUGCGGCCACCGCCUUCCUGGGCGAGUGGGGCCGCUUCCAGCGCCUCGUUUUCUUCCUCCUCAGCGCCAGCAUCAUCCCCAACGGCUUCAAUGGGAUGUCGGCAGUGUUCCUGGCCGGGACCCCCGAGCACCGCUGCGCCGUGCCCCCCGGGGCCAACCUGAGCGCCGAGUGGCUCAACGCCAGCAUCCCGCUGGAGAUGCAGGACGGGCAGGCGGCUCCGAGCCAGUGCCGCCGCUACCGCCUGGCCGCGCUCCGCAACUUCUCGGCGCUGGGGCUGCGGCCCGGCUCCGACGUGGAGCUGAGCUCGCUGGAGCAGGAGCCGUGCCUGGACGGCUGGGAGUACAGCCGCGACGUCUACCACUCCACCAUCGUCACCCAGUGGAACCUGGUGUGUGAGGACGACUGGAAAGCUCCCCUGACCACCUCACUCUUCUUCGUGGGGGUCCUCAUCGGCUCCUUCAUCUCGGGGCAGCUCUCAGACAGGUUUGGCAGGAAGAACAUCCUCUUCUCGACCAUGGCUGUGCAGACUGGCUUCAGCUUCCUGCAGAUCUUCUCUACCAGCUGGGAGAUGUUCACAGUGCUCUUCCUCAUAGUGGGGAUGGGGCAGAUCUCCAACUACGUGGUGGCCUUCAUACUGGGCACAGAAAUUCUGGGCAAAUCAGUUCGUAUUCUGUUCUCUACGUUAGGAGUUUGCAUAUUUUUUGCAAUUGGCUACAUGUUGCUGCCACUGUUUGCUUACUUCAUCAGAGACUGGCGGAUGCUGCUGCUGGCGCUCACCGUCCCAGGGCUGUUCUGCAUCCCGCUCUGGUGGAUCAUUCCUGAAUCUCCUCGGUGGUUGAUCUCCCAGGGAAGAUAUGAGGAGGCAGAAGCAAUUAUCCGAAAGGCUGCAAAAAUAAAUGGUGUCCCAGUCCCAGCUGUGCUUUUUGACACCACAGAGAUGCAGGAUUGGAAGCCUCAGCAGCAGCAGAAGGCUAUCCUUCUGGACCUAUUUCGAACCCGAAACAUUGCAACUAUUACUAUUAUGUCAUUACUUUUGUGGUUCUUCACAUCUGUUGGUUAUUUUGGCCUGUCCCUCAGCACUCCAAACUGGCAUGGUGAUGCCUACAUCAACUGUUUCCUCUCAGCUGUCAUUGAAGUCCCAGCUUAUGUGAUUGCCUGGCUUCUCCUCCGCUCCUUCCCUCGGCGCUACUCCUUGUCCGGCACCUUCUUCUUAGGGGGAGGUGUGGUCCUCUUCAUUCAGCUGGUUCCUGCAGAUUUGAGUGUCCUGUCUGUUGGCCUGGUGAUGCUUGGGAAGUUUGGCAUCACAGCUGCGUUUUCAAUGCUUUAUGUCUACAACGUGGAGCUGUACCCAACACUGGUGCGGAACAUGGCAGUGGGAGCCACCUCCACAGCUUCCAGGCUGGGCAGCAUCAUCUCUCCUUACUUUGUGUACCUGGGUGCCUACGACAGAUUCCUACCAUACAUCCUGAUGGGAAGCCUGACUGUGCUGAUUGGGAUCCUCACCCUGUUCCUGCCGGAGAGCUAUGGCAACCCCCUGCCUGAGAGCUUUGAGCAGAUGCUGAAGGUGAAAUGUUUCAGGAAUGGGCAGCCAACUACUGGCAUUAGGAAUUCAAAGGAGAGUCCUAAAACACUGGUAACUCCCUUCUGAAGAAGGGUGCACACUCUGAGGGACCAAA